CAUUAUACUUGCCAAAACAAAACUGUAUUUUUACAUACAAAAUGAAAUCUACCCUAUAUAAUUUAAAUGAACAACUUUAAUUUGAUAGGUUUAUCCUUAAACUAAUAGGGAAGUUCGUUUUGUUUUGAUAUUCCAAACUGCGUAACGUUCAAAUAACAGGACAUUUCUUACUAUAUGAAAUGAUAAAAAGUAUAGAGCUAUUAAAACGGGUUUAAAAAUGGAUAUUUACAGUCAAACCAGGGAACGUAUUAAGGAAACUUUGGUUUCUCCAAACUCCCGGCAUGCCUCAGUAAGCGACUCCUACACCGUAUCAAUGUUAAGUGUUCGAGACCCUAUUCCCGACGACGAGUCAGAUCUUCUAAGUGAGAUAGAAGACGCAGACGACAGCGAAUUUCUGGCGGAAGCCUCGUUUGCAGGGGACGCUGAUGAACAUAUUAAAGACCCGUGUGCAAUUUGUUUCACCAAUCGUAAUUAUUCAAAGAAAGCUACUCAUUUUUGUAAUGAUUGUGGACUUUUGGGACAUUUUCUGUGCGAACAGUGUUUAGGCUUUCACAAGAAGUUUACCAACCAUAAGUCUGUUAAAUCAUUCGCCGCAGCAAAAUACAAGAGAGGUGGAAGUGUGACAGACAUACAAACAGAACUAGAGAAUGAAAAACAAAAUGUAAAAUUUGCCAAGAGAGAAGUUACCGAAAGAAAUUUGCGCAUAAAGGAACUUGCAGUAGAUUUACAAUCAGCCAAUGUUCAGUUAAAGGUGUUGAGUUUCAAGUUGCAGUUGUCAGAAGACAUGAGGUAAAGCUGGAGAUGAAUAUCUAUCUGCACAUACUGGCAAAAAAAGUGACACAACCUAAUGUUAAAUGGCAAAAACUUCCUGUUGAUCUCAUUAGAAACAUUUCAUCGUUUUCUAUGAAAACAUUGUGUAAUCGUCAUUGAUGUAUCAUAAACUUUUUUAACUCACGAUUGGAAAUCAUUUUUAUACAAGGAUGAUUGUUUUUUUUGACACCAAUUUCAAGCGAUCAUAUCUUUAAUAUAAAAUAUUG